AUGCCCAUUGAUUCUAAUGACCCUCCAAGAGCUUUUUGCACUUGUGGCGAGUCAUUCCCAUCACUCUGGGUUUCCGCCAAUAUUCUCAUGAUAGCUAGGAAUAAUUUCAAAUCAUAUUACUUUCAGGUACCAGUCGCAACAAAGCACUGUCACUGCGGGCACCAAUUUUUCGAGGAGAGACGCCGGUCAACCACCUCAAACACCUCGGAGGUAGAGGAGAUUGACGACGGCCAGCUGAAGGAGAUGAAACCAAGCAGGGGAUCAGCUACGUCAACUGCAGUUAGCGGAAUCAUGUCUCUAACGGCAUCAGUGGGCAAGGGAGACCUGGGCUCGUCAGCCCCGGAGGGCAAGCGUCGUAGUGAGAGGGUCAAGCGGGAGAAGCCCAACUUCUAUGAUGCCUUGGAGUACGAGAAUCAAAUGAGGAAGGCCCGGAAGGAGAGACAGAAGGAAGAACCUCCCAACCCCACAGGACGGGUGAAGCGCGAACGGAAAGUGAAGAACAACUCAGAGCCGGUUAGUGUUACCAUGUAUCGCUAUAACAAGGAAGAGGAAGAAGAUGAAGAACCAGUGAAGGAAAAGAAGAAGAAGAAGAAGAAGAAGAAUAACAACAAUGGCGAGAAGAAGGACAAGGAAGAAGAAGUGGACGAAGACAUCAUGGCAGGCAUCACAGCAGAGAAGGAGAUACAGUUCGGCAUUGUCUUAUCAGAUAUCAACUUCAAGCUUGGCCUAAACAACCCAAAAUUUAUCAAAAUUUGAAUGCCUUUCAUCUUUUGAGAGAAAGUGAAUGAGGUUGGCAGUAGCUCCUGUGAAUAGGGCAGCUGUAUUUGAAUAUGAAAUUCAAAGAAAAUUAUUUAUUUGAAAUCAGUCAAGACAUGUGGUGUACAAUAAUACCAAACAUAAAAGGGAAUCAAAUAUAGUGCUGUUGAAAUCAGUAAGUCGACAUUUUUUUCUAGAGUGAUGUUUCAUGUUGCAUCAGCUUUAUCAAUUGCAAUAUACAAUAUCAGAUUGCAAAAUUUUAAUGCAUGAAUUCAUUUACUUCAAAUGAAUAAUCAGUACUGUUUGAUGAACCAAGGUUGGGAUUUUGUAAACUUCUUCAUUACACCUCUCUUUUGAGAGGAAAUUUUCAGAUAUAGUGUAAAGUAGGAGAGAUUAUUAAUUGAUCAUCUGAGUACGUUUCAUCUCUCUGGGACGUAAGGUAGCUAGAAGAUCAUUUGUCUCGUCUAUACCAUAAGUUUGUCUUCAAUAUGAUAAAAGUAUUUCUAGAAAAAAUUUCAGAUUUUUUCUAAUAUUUGGUUUUAUAUUUGCAUAUUGUCAUACCGUAAUGACAAGUAGGUGGAGAAGGAUGACCAUUUGUAUCUUUACUGCGUAUUUUUUCAAAGUUUGAAAAUUAUGGUCACAAAUGAUAGGAAAUAGGAGGGCUCUGAGAAAGAAUGGAUCCUUCUUUUUAUUGUGACAUUUUGAUAUAAAAAAAAUCUCGGUAAAUUUUGUAAUUAAACCAGAUGGCAAGUGAAAUGUUGUUUAUCUCGUAAUUUUGUCAAUAUUUGUAGUAAAGUUUUAAAAUGAAUGAAGGAUUUUUGAUGUCAGAUCUUUGUUAUUCAGACUGACAAGAGGACAAUGAUGAACUAUUCUCUGAAAUCUUCCAUUACUGUGAAAUGUGCAACUUUCUUUAUGAAUGUUUUUUAAACAAGAAUAAUGUCAAAGGAAUCCAGUAUCAUUUAAUGAACUUCUUACAUAGUAAAGUACAUAAAUUUCAAGUUCCUUUAUAAAGCAACAAGUCCUGACACGUAUUUACCUUUAUUACUACUAUUUUCUGCCAUUGUAUAUACUUUGUACAUAUUUCCUAUGGUCAGGGAAAGGAGGGAAAUAAUACAAGGGGUUUUCAUAACAUGGAGAACUUACUAAGGGACCUUCAGCUGAAGUGGAUGCGUAAAUUUAAACCAAAGUUUCACACCUCAUCACAGAUUCUUCCUAAAGCUAUUUAGGAAGGAAAGUAUUAUCUUGGGAUUUUUUUUUCCUUUUCUUUUUUUCCAUUAAUGAGAUUUUUUUCAUCAUCAUCUUCCAGUAUUUAAGGAGAGAAAUCUCACAACUGUGCUUCAGUCAUACUUAUUUAUAGCAUCAGGAAGCCCAAAAGACAAAAAAAUUAUAUUUAGAAAAAAAAGAAGCAACAAAAAAAAUAUAUGAUUAUUUAGUGAUGCUCAAAAAGAGAAUAUGCAUAUUUUUACUGCACAAUAAAUCUGUUCAAGGCUUAAUUCAGUAUGUAUCAUACCAUUUCAUAUACUUUUCAUCUAUGCACUUUGUAAUAUUCAUAUCAUGUAUCAUCCUUUUGAGGAUAGGUGUAAUGAAAUAAAGUUCUUUUUAUAAUA